AUGAGUACCAUAGACCCCGUCCGAGCUGCAAAGCUCAACCGUACACUCUUCGCCAUCGUCGAUGGCAAACAAGCUCUUACUAAACAAAACUCUAUCAUUUUUCUCCAGGCAAUCUGUGCCCAGGAAGACCGCAUCGCAUGCAUUAGCAGGAUAACGACGAGUCCAAAUGGUCUGACGGCCCUUCAAUCUGCUUUCCGUUUCGACUUCAACAUCACGUUCUUCAAUGGCCUCGCCACAGACGUUCUCACCUAUUUCUCGGCCCCAGAUAUCGCGAAUAUCGGAGGCGGCAGUCUUCUGAACGACCUUAUAUUUGCUGUCGUCGAACCUCCUGUCUUUUGGUCCCCAUUCAAGAAAGCCUUUCAUAACGGACAGCUUCAGGAGCACGCUCAAUUAUCCUUUUCGUGGCUUCUCUUCCGACUCGUAUCCCUCCCCGAUCCAAACCAAGCUCUCCCAUACCGCGACUACUUCUCCACUUCCGCAGUCUCGGACACCCUCCACGCAUCUCCCAUCGACGGUGUGAAGGCGCUAGCGAACCAAAUUCAGGAUAUACUAGAUGUUGUAAAGGCGAAGGUGUCUGUCGCUGGAGCUGAACGUGGCCCGGGAGGACGCCACGACAAUGAUUUCGGUGAUUAUCACGACAUCGCCAUCCUCCCGACCGCAGAAGAGCUGCUAUGCAAGACUAGACCGUUCCUUCGACCAGCCUCCGUGAUCGACGAUCCGGAGACGAUUCCUACACGGCUCGUCACGCACCUCGAUAACCAGUUCCGCCUGUUGCGAGAGGAUAUGCUGUACGAGAUGAGAUCCGAGUUAGACAUCGCUCUCGGUAAUUCGAAGGGAAAAUUCCGCGGGCUAAUCAUUAACGGGUUGACCCUGCUCGGCAUUCACGCCCAAACGACGUCGUCAGACAAGCAAUGCAAGUGGGGCAUUACGCUCCAAUGCAGUGCUGACUUGCCUUGGUUUAAAGACGUCAAACCCGACAAUCGCAAGUCGUGGCUUCUCGACAACAAACGAGUCUUUCGCCACAAGUCGAGCACCGCGCUCAUGGUCGAUGGCGAGAUUGUUGCCUUUACGACGGUCAACAGAGACGAGGGCCUCCUGGCGAAAUCACCGCCCAUCAUUGUUCUCCAGCUCAACGGGGAGAGGAGUAUCAUUAAAGCUCUUCUCAAGCUCAAGACCGCCAAGAGCGUCAGACUCAUUCAGAUCGACACGGCCAUAUUUUCAUACGAGCCCGUCCUCUCUGCCCUGCAAGCGAAACAGGGUCUCCCUCUCUCCUCGGAUCUGUUAUUGUGGAGCCCGGGCACGACGCCUGGCAUGUCCUCGCUUUCGCCGGAUUCUCUCAUCGACAAGCUCCGAAGAGACCCCGACCAGAACAUCCAGUUCUUGUUAGACACGCCCAAACAAAUUGUUCUCGACCAGGCCCAACACGCUUCCCUUUUGUCCGGUCUUACGCAAGAAGUAUCGCUCAUCCAAGGACCGCCAGGUACGGGUAAAUCUUUCAUCGGCGCUCUCCUCGCCAAAGCCAUCCACGACAAGACGGACGGCCUCAUCCUCAUCUUUCUCGAAGACCUCCUCGACAUCGGAAUCCCCGAAACAAGCCUCGUCCGCCUAGGAGGCAAAUCGACUCCUCGCACCUCCUCUCUCUCUCUUCGCAACCAGCCCAGAACGACGAAGCUCUCUCGCACGGAUUGGACCGAGAUCGAUAGUCUGAAAGCCGAAUGUGUCAAAGCGGGCGAGAAGAUGUCCUCCGUCUUUCAGAUGUACAAGGACUUCAAUAUCCAGAACCGAGAUAUCCUUGACCAUAUCGAGUUCGACGAUGGAGACUUUUUCGAAGCGUUUCAGGUGCCCACACCUGCGGACGGUAUGCAGCCCGUGGGUCGUAACGGUCGUGCCAUAGGACCAGACUUUCUCGUCGAUCGGUGGAUUAGGGGCUGGGAUGCGGGAAUGUACAAGAGAGAAGACAACGUACGGGAGGGUGAAGGCGCUAGGAUUUGGAAGAUGCCGACGAAGGAGCGCGCGAAGAAGCUCGCGCAGUGGAAGGAAGACAUGCUCAAGGAUCGUGUGGAGGCCUUCCAUGCCAAGGCACACGAGUACGACCAAAUUCUGUCGCAGGUGGAGCGGAAGUUUGGAGAGAGCGACGGUGCGAUGUUGAGGAGUAAGCGGAUUAUCGGGUGUACGACGACAGCGGCGGCGAUGUAUCGUGACCAGCUCGAUACGGUCAUGCCGGACGUCCUCCUCGUCGAGGAAGCGGGUGAGAUAUUGGAAAGUCAUAUCUUGACGGCGCUGAGUGCGAAGACGAGGCAACUAAUAUUGAUCGGGGACCACAAACAACUCCGCCCGAAAGUAAAUCACUACCUGUUGACCGUCGAGAAGGGCGAGGGUUUUGACCUGAAUCGAUCCUUGUUCGAACGCCUCGUCUUGAAGGGGUUCCCGCACGCCACAUUGUGUGCCCAGCACAGAAUGCGUCCGGAGAUCUCUGAUCUCGUUCGUCAACUCACCUAUCCAGACCUCGUCGAUGCUGCAAAAACUCAGAACCGGCCGGAUUUACGUGGCGUGAAGGACAAUCUGGUCUUCAUCAAUCAUUCGAAGCAAGAGGGAGACGAUGGGCACGAAAGAAAGGACUCGAAUGAGAAAGCUUCCAAGCAUAACGCUUGGGAAGUUAGAAUGAUAUUGAAGAUCCUGCGCUAUCUAAAUCAGCAGGGAUACACGUCGGACGAUCUCGUUAUUCUCACUCCCUACCUGGGCCAGCUCAAGAAACUCCAGGAAGCGCUCAAGAAAGAUAACGAUCCUAUCCUCAGCGAGUUGGACACUGCAGAGCUUGUCCGAGCCGGGCUUCUCACCCCCUCCGCGGCUAGAACGCAAAACAAACCUAUUCGGAUCGCUACCAUCGACAACUACCAGGGCGAGGAAAGCAAGAUCGUCCUCGUUUCCCUUACCCGCAGCAAUUCCGAACACGACAUUGGCUUCAUGUCUUCCCAUGAGCGGCUCACUGUUCUCCUCUCCCGGGCUCGCGAUGCUUUGGUCAUGAUCGGUAACUCGGAUACUUUCAUGAAGGCUAAGAAGGGGAGCGACAAGUGGGUGAAGCUUUUUGAGUUGCUGAGAAGUGGCGGACAUAUAUACGAGGGUCUUCCCACGAAGUGUGAACGCCACCCCGAUAGGACUGCUCUCCUUUCGUCUCCAGACGACUUUGAUUUACAUUGUCCUGACGGCGGCUGUGAUGAACUAUGCCCGACUAUGCUGAAGUGUGGCGUGCACAAGUGCCCACUGAAGUGUCAUCAACUCAAAGACCACUCGGGCGUUCUUUGCAAGGUCUCGUUGUCCACUCAAUGCCCGAAGGGUCAUCCGCAAAGGUACUCUUGUCACCAAGGCCGUCCUACGAAUUGUCGUCAAUGUGAGGCUGAUGCUAAACGCGCGGAGAAGCUCAAGUUGGAGCAGUUGGAGCGGGAGGCGAAGCAGGAUGAGGUGAAAAGGGCGUAUGAGGAGCGCUUGGCCGAGAUAGAGCUACAGAAGGAGAGGGAGAAGGAACUGCUUCGGGACGCAAUGCUCAACUUGGCGAGACAGGAGGAGAUAAAAAAGAGGGAGAAGGAACUGCUCGCCGCUGCCAGCCUCACAACCCAAGCUCAGGCCUCCCUCGUCUCCGCUGCUGGACCGUCGUUUGCUUCUCAGCCUUCUACAACCCAGCCUCCUAGUUCUUCACCAAGUAUCACUUCCUCUUUCAGUAUUCUGCAGUUCUUCCAGAGGCCUUCGAACCCGCCCUCCAGUUCUAACACAUCUAACACUCCCAAUGCUUCUUCUUCGAACAAUACCAAGAGCCCCAGCAGCUCAAAUACGAAUUCGCCUAACAAAUCCGCACCCAAGCCACCGAUUCCACCCCCUUCUUUCCCCUCCGCGGCGCGCGACCGAUGGGAGACGCAGAAGACGAGAGGGGCUAUCAAUGACGCCAUUGACGCGAUUAUGGCCAUGACAGGACUGGAGGAUGUCAAGGAACAAGUCCUGAGAAUCAAAGAUAAAGUGGAUACCAGCAAUCGGCAGAAUACGGAUCUUACGGGAGAGAGGUUCCACGUAUCGAUGCUCGGGAAUCCUGGAACGGGGAAAACGACAGUUGCCCGUCAUUAUGGACAGUUCCUAGCAUCUGUUCGCGUCGUUUCCGGAUCGAUGUUUGUCGAGACAACUGGCGCUCGCCUCGCGAACGACGGCGUGACUGGCAUCGAAUCACUACUAAAGCAGAUGCUCACCAACGGUGGCGGGACCCUUUUCGUCGACGAAGCAUAUCAGCUCACAGCCACACACGCCGCUUCAGCAGGUCGCCAAGUCCUUGACUAUCUCCUCGCCGAAAUCGAGAACCUCAUCGGCAAAAUCGUCUUCAUCUUCGCUGGCUACAACAAGGAGAUGGAGAAGUUCUUCGAGCACAACUCUGGCCUGACUAGUCGUGUUCCAUACACGCUGAAAUUCAAGGACUAUAGCGACACAGAGUUGAUGGGUCUUCUUCAGGGUAUGUUUGCGAAGACUUGGGGUGCUCAGAUGAAGGUAGAGGACGGUAUUGCAGGGCUCUAUGGACGUAUACUUGUCAGUCGCCUUGGACGUGGUCGCGGUUCUCCUGGAUUUGGGAAUGCUCGUGCGCUGGAGAAUGUCUUCGCCAAAGUUCGGGAGCGCCAGUCCGUCAGAUUGACACGCGAACGAGCCAAUGGGGGCACGCCGGACGACUUCUGGAUGACGAAGGAGGAUAUUAUCGGGCCUGACCCUGCAGAUGUCAUGAUCAAGAGCGAGGCCUGGAAGAAGCUGCAAGGGAUGAUUGGGCUCGGAGCGGUCAAGAAGACGGUCACGAGUAUGUUUGCUAUGCUCGACGCAAACUACCAGCGCGAGCUUCUAGAGAAAAAGCCAAAUUUGGUGACUCUCAACCGUGUGUUCUUGGGCUCUCCUGGGACUGGGAAGACGACGGUAGCAAAGUUGUACGGUCAGAUAUUGGUGGAUCUCGGUAUGCUCAGCAACGGCGAAGGCCACUCGGAGAUGCAAACGAAAGCGAUCUUGAACACCACGCUUGGGAAAGUUCUUGUUAUAGAUGAGGCCUAUAUGCUCGGCAACGGAGGGUCGAAUGGCGCCGGCAACACAGAUUCUUUCAAGACCGCCGUCAUCGACACUUUGGUAGCUGAGAUUCAAGCAGAGCCUGGUGCCGAUCGUUGUGUUUUGCUCUUGGGGUAUAAGAAAGAGAUGGAAGAAAUGUUCGAGAACGUUAACCCGGGCCUCUCAAGACGCUUUGCAAUCGACAACCCGUUCAUGUUCAAUGAUUUCACCGACAGCGAGCUCUUGCAGGCACUCGAAUACAAAAUGCGCGAGCAGGAUCUUUCAGCCACCGACGACGCAAAGACAGUUGCGAUGGAGGUCCUCAGCCGUCAGCGUAAUCGCCCCAACUUUGGUAACAUUGGCGACGUUGAGAAUCUGCUCGGAACGGCCAAAACCCGAUAUCAAGGACGUCAAUCUUCACUCCCGGCUGCUCAAAGAUCACCAGACGCACCGUUCGAGCCCCAGGACUUUGACCCCGACUUCGAUAGGAGCAAGAACGCUGCCACAAAUCUCGCCACGCUGUUUGAGGACGUUGUUGGCUGCGAGAAAGUUGUCGCCAAGAUGUCGCAGUAUCAGAACAUGGCAAGGAACAUGAAAGCUGCGGGGAAAGAUCCAAGAGAGGAUAUUCCUACCAGCUUCGUCUUCAAAGGGCCUCCAGGUACUGGGAAGACGACGACCGCUCGGAAGAUUGGAAAGGUCUAUUUCGACAUGGGAUUCCUGUCUUCUACCGAGGUAGUCGAAUGUUCAGCAUCGGAUUUGGUUGGUAUGUACGUCGGCCACACCGGACCCAAGACUCGCAAGAUGUUCGAGAAAGCGCUCGGCCGCGUGUUGUUCAUCGACGAAGCCUACCGUCUAGGCGAGGGCCGAUUUGCAUCGGAGGCUAUGGACGAGCUAGUCGGCCUGCUGACACAGGAGACAUUCCGCGGGAAGCUCAUCGUCAUUCUCGCUGGGUACGACCAGGAGAUGAACCAGCUGAUGUCGGUGAACCCUGGACUAUCGAGCCGGUUUCCUGAAGAGGUCGUUUUCGAGAAUCUUUCCCCGGAGCGAUGUCUCGAAAUCCUGCAGCGCAAGCUGAAGAAAAAGAGCAUCGUGAUCGAUGCACUGGAUAAUCCUUCUCUGUCCGCGUAUGUGCGUCUAUUGGACUUGAUAGACGAUCUCUCGCGCCUUCCUUCAUGGGGUAACGCCCGCGACAUCGAAACAAUAUCGAAGCAGAUGGUCACCCAUGUCUUCUCCACAAUUCCACCACCAGGUUCUCAACCGUCUGGCGGUGGCCCUGACCAAAUUCUUACCAUGCCCGAUCAGGACGCGGUGGAUUGUGUUACUCGUAUGUUGGUGGAGAGACGCGAGCGAGCAUUCAACUUGCCUCGACAAUCUCGUUCGGGUGGGAAUAGGGGCCAAGCAUACGCAAACGCUCCACCGUCGAACCCGCCGCCUCCGUCCUCUGGUGCGGGGUCCUCAGCUUCCGCCAAUCCUCCUCCGAACCAAUCCAACGCGAAAUCUGGAAAGAAGCCUAAGGGUCCAGACACACCCGCGGCAGCUGGAACGACGACGGACGGGAGAGACCCUGGAGUGACAGACGAGGUGUGGCGCGAGCUUCAAAUCGAUAAAGCUCUUGGAGAAGCAGCUCGGCAGAAGGCAGAAGCGGAGAUGCGGGUGAUGGAGCAGGAAGUGCUAGAGACGAGCGAGAGGAAGAAGGCUGCCGAGGCGGCAAAGAAGGCCGCAGAAGAGGAGGCGGCAUUGUUGGAGAAGAGGAUAUCUCAGGAGAGCUCGGUGCGUAUGCUAGAGUCUGCACGUGCGGAGGCGAAAGUCAGAGCGGCGGCAGAGCGUGCAGAGUUCGAGAAACGUUUGGAAGAGGCCCGUGAACGAGUCAAGAAGGAGAAUGAGGAGCACGCACGGAGAGUCGCAGAAUUGGAGAAGAAACGUCAGGAGGAGGAACGGAAGCAGAGAGAGGAGGCUCGAGUGCAGAGCAGAAUACGGCAGUUGGGAGUUUGUAUCCGAGGCUACCAGUGGAUCAAGCAAACCUCAGGGUAUCGUUGUGCUGGUGGAUCCCACUUCCUGGCAAACGAUGUUCUAGACAUCAAGUGA